CGUCGCGGAAAGUGCACUAUUGUUUAGUGACCAAGUGCGCUCUUGCGUAGUUUUUCCGUACCACCUGAACAAUCAUGUUUGCGAAGAUCCUAGAACCGAGUUAAAACAUGGCAGGGAUCGUUUAUUUGAUUUAUCAGUAAAUGAAUUCAGUCAUGGAGGGUUUCCUGCACCACAUGGCGCCUCAGUUCCUGCAUCCGGCCCUGCAGAGUUUCGGUUGUGGCGCCUUCAGGCCCAUCGGCGCUGCCUUUCACCCCUUAUACCCGGGCAAGGCAUUUGCAAGGCAUCUGGGCGAACAGUACGCCCUUGGACAUACCGUCGGACAAGCUCUAAGGAAUGUUCGCGACGAGACUGGCACUCCGCCGCUAUACCGGCACAGCUACGUGACCCGCGAUGACACGAGCUCCCCCGGAUCCGCCGCCUCUGCCUCUCCGCGCCCCUCCAAGGACGACGAACCUCCCGUCAAUGCUCCAUGCACUGACUCACACGACUUCUUUUCCCCUGACGGUGAGCGCAAGACGUCUUGCGGAGUUUGUGGCGCGCGGCUGGGGCCCGGGGUCGCGCAGGCUCACUUCCUGCAAGAGCUGCAGCACCUAUACAGUUUAAGUGCCCUCCCGAGGGACGCCGCUGUGCCUUCUACCCACUCACUACAUCAUCAGGAUGAAGAUGCUCGCUGGGAGACAUAUCAGCGUAUCCGCGCGAACCGUCAGCGUCGUCUGAAGCUGCGCACACGCAAACGCCACCACACGGUGGAGAGCAUGCUCGGCUACGAGCUGGAGGAGGAGCGACGGGAAGAACGACCUCGGGAGCCGCGCUACGAUGCUGAGGAUGAGCCCGUCGACGUUGAGGGCGACUCCCUCGGCUGGCCCGAUGCCGCUAUUAAUGUCGACGAUAAGGAUCAGCGAAACGACGGGGAAAAGCUGCAUAUUAGCUAUAGCGAAGACUUGGAGAUAUCGAGCACCAACGAUGCGAUGCAAUCGCCUGAACGCGUGAGGAUUGAAACACCAAAGCCGCUGCCGUUAGAGUGCAGCAAGGGCGAGCCGACGGAGCGACCAGCGGAGGUGUCGACGUCGGAGUGGGCUCCUGCCGACUGGUCCGCUUUGCAAGAUCCCUAUCUCCACGCCAGGCACAAGCCAGAAGGCGAGAAUUUACCCUCCUCCACCGAUACCCGGAACUAGACACAAUAUCGGAUAAUAACCUAAAACUCCGUUAACAAUCAACCACAAUAGAUACAAACUCAAGAAAACAUGAUUAAU